CUGGGGGCGGGGGGCCCGGCGGCCGAGCGGCUCUGCCUCUGGUCCCCGAACCUCGACUUCAGCGCCCGGCGUCUCCUCCCUCCUGCGCGGAUCUCCGUCUGAAGAGAGUCUCGCUCACUUCCUUUGUGCCUCGUCUUUUCCUUUUGGAAAACUGUUUUGUGUCACGGGUGCCUUUCCGUGGCGGCCGGGGUCUCCGCGAGGACGAUGGAGCCCGGAGCGCGCCCCGCCGGGAGCUGCGGUGGCGCCGCCGGGCUCUCCCGGGAGUACAAGCUCGUGAUGCUGGGCGCCGGCGGCGUGGGGAAGAGCGCCAUGACCAUGCAGUUCAUCAGCCACCGGUUCCCGGAAGAUCAUGACCCCACCAUCGAAGAUGCUUAUAAAAUCCGGAUCCGUAUUGAUGAUGAGCCUGCCAAUCUGGAUAUUUUGGAUACGGCUGGACAGGCAGAGUUUACAGCCAUGCGCGAUCAGUAUAUGAGGGCAGGAGAAGGGUUUAUCAUCUGUUACUCUAUCACCGAUCGUCGAAGUUUUCAUGAAGUUCGGGAGUUUAAACAGCUUAUUUAUCGAGUUCGACGUACUGAUGAUACACCUGUGGUUCUUGUAGGAAACAAGUCUGAUCUAAAGCAGCUAAGACAGGUCACUAAGGAAGAAGGAUUGGCUUUGGCCCGAGAAUUCAGCUGUCCCUUUUUUGAGACAUCUGCUGCAUACCGCUACUACAUUGAUGAUGUAUUCCAUGCCCUUGUCCGGGAGAUACGUAGGAAAGAAAAGGAGGCAGUACUGGCCAUGGAGAAAAAAUCUAAACCCAAAAACAGUGUAUGGAAGAGGCUAAAAUCGCCAUUCCGGAAGAAGAAAGAUUCAGUAACUUGAAGUUGUGAAGUGUUUACGUGUGAACUGCAGUGCUUAAUCAAAGCAGUCCAGUAACCUGCAUUAGUGAGCAUGGUGCUUGCUCUCUCUCCUGUUAUGACCGUUAUUUGUAAAGUAACUGAUGAAGGGGACAUGCCUACUAGGAGUUUUCAAUGAUGUGGUAUUUAAUAUAUUGUCUCUUAGCUAAUUCUGAUUUAUUAACCCAGUGGAGCACUUUCUGCUUUUAAAUUGUCACAUUAGAAUUUGAUUUUCCAUAGUUUUGGGUUCUGUUGCUGAUUAAUUAAUUAAUGUAAAUUGUUUAUAUCCAGGGGAAUAUGUAUACCAUGUGUUGGACUAAGCUCAUAAGAGGAAUUUUUUGCCAUGCACUACUCCACAUUAUCUUUUCACUUCAGUUUCCUGGGACUGUCUCAGAGAAGGACCUCCGUCUUUUCUAUUCACACUGUGCUUCCUGGAAACAACAAAAAUCAUAUAGGGAAACCAGUGCUAAAGAGACCGGUGCUGAAGUUCAGCAAAUAGCUGUGGAACUGACUCCUGUUGCAGAUCAUGGAGUGAUGAGAUUUGGGGAAGUAGGCCAUAUAUUUACAGGAACUUGGCUAGAAAAACAGUUGGGUCAGAACAGUGUUCCCAGUAUGCACCUGGCUUUUCUUAGAAAUGUACUAGGAUGGGUGAGAACAAACAGAAGCAUGUAAAAUGUAAUGAAGGGUUCUCCUAUGAGCUUCUUGUACUCUUUGUUUCAGGGUUUGGACUUUUCUUUACCUUCAAAGGUAAACACUUAGCUAACCAUUACUGGAUUCCAAACUCAUUUAAUUUAAAUCCUUAGUUGGGACAGCCAUUGCCUUGUAGAGGUUUAUUUUUCCCCCAGAGAUGCACUUACCAAUACAUUUACAUUAAUUUUCCCUAGUGCUUUCCCUUAGUAUCUCUAUGCUCUUUUUUUUUUCUUGUGGCACGUUUAUUUAUCUUAAAAGCUGUAUUUUAUAUUAUUGUUUUCCUGAAACACACAGUGUGAUAGACAUAGCUACAUUCAGUGUCUUUAGAGAUAAAAGAAUAGCAUAGGAAAAAUGGUUUACUCGGUUCUCAUUUGUUAGCAUUUGCUGAACAUCCAGGGUCUAAAGAGCAGUGACCACGGACAUUUUAUUUUGCAUGUCAGCCUUGUUUUUAUGUGUGAACUGGUAGUGUUCCUCAGUACCUGGACCAGAUUGUAAGUACACUGAGGAAAUAUGUGGUCAAGAUCAAUGGUCUUCAAAAUUUGUUGUUGUUGUUUUGUUACUUAGGUUCCACAUAUGAGUGCAAUCAUGUGAUACUUGUCUUUCUCUGACUGACUUAUUUCACUUAUGGAGAGUAUGAUACUCUCCAGGUCCCUCCAUGCUGUCUCAAAGGAUAAGAGAUUCUUCUUUCUUUUUUUUUCUUUUUUUAUUUAUUUUAUUUUUUAUUUUUAAAUUUUGUUUUAUGAGAUUCUUCUUUCAUACUGUUGCAUAGUAUUCCAUGGUGUAAAUGUACCAUAGCUUUUUUAUCCACUCAUCUACUGAUGGGCACUCGGGCUGUUUCCAGAUCUUAGCUAUUGUAAAUUGAACAUAGGGGUGCAUACAUCUUUUCUGAUUGGUGCUUCAGGUUUCUUAGGAUAUAUUCCUAGAAGUGUGAUCACUGUAUUAAAUGGCAUAUUUAACUUUUUGAGGAAACUCCAUAUUGUUUUCCAUAAUGGUUACACCAGUCUGCAUUCCCACCAGCAGUGUAUGAGGGUUCCCUUUUCUCCACAUCCUCGCCAGUACUUGUCAUUUGUUGAUUUGUUGAUGAUAGCCAUUCUGACAGGCGUGAAAUGGUACCUCAUUGUCGUUUUGAUUUGCAUCUCUCAGAUGAGUAGUGACUUUGAGCAUUUUUUCAUAUGUCUCUUUGCCAUCUGUAUGUCCUCUUUGGAGAAGUGUCUAUUUAGAUUCUUUGCCCAUUUUUUAAUUGGAUUGCCUUCCUUUUGUUAAGUUGUAUGAGUUCCUUAUAUAUUUUGGUUAUUAACCCUUUAUCAGAUGUAUCAUUGCCAAAUAUGUUCUCCCAUACAGUGGACUCCCUUUUCGUUUUGUUGAUGGUUUCUCUUGCUGUGCAGAAGCUUUUUAUUUUGAUGUAAUCCCAUUUGUUUAUUUUGUCCUUAGUUUCCUUUGCCCUAGGAGAUGUAUCUGUAAACCUAUUGCCAUGAGAGAUGUCUGAGAUUUUGCUGCCUGUGGUUUCUUUUAGGAUUUUUUAUGGUUUCACGACUUACAUUUAAGUCUUUUAUCCAUUUUGAGUUUAUUCUUGUGUAUGGUGUAAGUUGGUGGUCUAGUUUCAUUUUUUUGCACGUAUCUGUCCAGUUUUCCCAACACCAUUUAUUGAAGAGACUGUCCUGACUCCAUUGUAUGCUCUUGCCUCCUUUAUCAAAUAUUAAUUGAGUAUAAUGGCUGGGGUCGAUUUCUGGGGUCUCUAUUCUGUUCCAUUGAUCUAUAUACCUGUUCUUGUGCCAUUACCAGGCUGUUCUGAUUACAGUGGCUUUGUAGUAUAACUUGAAAUCUGCUAUUGUGAUUCCUCCACCUUUAUUUUUCUUUCUUGAAAUUACUGCAGCUAUUUGGGGUCUUUUUUGAUUCCAUAUAAAUUUUUGGAGUAUUUGUUCUAGCUCUGGAAAAUAUGCCGUUGGUAUUUUAAUAGGGAUUGCAUUGAAUCUGUAGAUUACCUUGGGUAUUCCCUGCGCUCUUUAGAAGAGCUAGGCCUGGCAAAAUGUUGUUAGGCCCUUUGUCAGACUGACUGCAUUUUCCAUACAGAGAAGAGACCUCAGGAGUUUGAGUAAAAUUGUGUAUGUGCCUCCUUGACACUGACAAUCACUAGACUCGGUGCUCUGAGAAAGCCUGUGGUAUUUGUUUAAUGAGCCAGUCUUGAAGCUUUAAAAUUCCCAUACGCUGAGUUUCUUAUUGAAGAUUUCUUUACAAGGACUUUGCAAAGUUCACCUCACAUUUCUGAGCCUUGACAAAGCUUAGCGUAAGAGAAUACCACUUUGAUAAUCUAUUGUCCUGGGAAGAAACAGCUUUAAAUGUUGGUGGAAUUCUCUCUUAGAAUCAGGAUUGUUUUGAUUAUGUGUGAAGAUUAAGUGCAUAAAUGCUAAGUAAUGUGGCAUAUGUUGAACAUUACAUAUCACUGAAGCAGUGUUCUUGUCCAACCUCUAAGGACAGGACUUUGUGUAGUGCCUCUUAAAAAGCACACAGCUCAACUUACUGUGUCCUUUUUAUUUACAGGCGGAAGGACAGGGUUGUAUUUUUCCUUAUAAUCGAUGCUGUAUGUUCCAAGUUUAAAGAAAAAUAAUAGUUGUAACUUUUUGAGCUGAGUAGUGGUUCCUUUUGAAACUCCUGGAAAUGUUUUUGCUACCAAAUAAGUUACGUUUUAUGGUACUCAAGCCAUGCAGAAGUAAAAGGCCCAGAAUUCAAAUUUUGCAGGACAAUCUUACAGGAACCAUAGAUUGGUUCAUGGAGAGGCAUGAAGGUAGAAAAUAAAUGCAGUACAAUUCUGUUUUAACAGUAUUUCACCAUAUUUAAACCAGCCUAGAGCCUUUUAAGUUUAAUGCCUUAGCGCUCAUUACUAAUGACCUAGGGGAAAUGUUAUGAGCAUCAACCAAGAAGUGGACAGCUAGCUAUAUAAUUAUUUGGGAUAGACAAGGUAGCAGAGGACAUUGCCAAAAAGAAAAAAUAUGUAAUACUGGAGGGAAUUUGAUUUGUAUAUAAGAAAAAUAACAAAUUAGUGUUUUUAAGACUAUCAUUGCCAGGGCUUUCCCUUUCAGGAGCACGCCCACGCCUUUCUUCCCUCUCAGGUGUGCCUCUUGUAAACUCUAACCGUCCCUAUGAGACUUGCAACCAGAGGAGCAAUGGGCAGCUGCAGCUCAUCCCGGGCUAAUCCCCAAACCUGUCUCCAAAGCCCCCUUUUUCUCUGACUUUUCAGUUAAGUCAGCAGCAGCUCCUUCUUGGCUCACUUCGGUCUCUGUGACUUUUACCUCCCAGUGAGCCAGCAGCAGCUUCGCCUAGGCUCUCCUGUUGCUGCUUUGCCCCAAGCCCUUCCUUGUUUCACUGUCCCCAGCUUUAAUAAAUGUCCUCUCAAAAAAAAAUCAAAAAAGACUAUCACUGUUAUAUAUUUGAUUGUUGGAUUAAUUAGCUCAUCAAUUAGUAUUGAGAAUUCUCUUCAUGGUGCUAGUUUGAAGGAUAUAUUUAUAGUGCAUGUAAUUUAUAAGCUCUAAGUAGUCAGCUUUAUCCAAUUUGAAGGCAUUUAAAAUCAAUUACUGCCUGGAACUUUGAAGAGAGAAAAAUUCAGGGACAAGUUGAAAAGCACUGGAAGUAUUCAUGCCCUACUAGAUUGGUAAGUUACAAAAUUUAGAAGCUAGUGUCUAGAAUUAACUGUAUAAUUCAGAAAGGGAAAUAUGUUUUAACUUCAUGAUAUAUUAGCCAGAAUUGGUCUGUGAUGUUUGGGGAGGCAAAGGGAGAGAUAUUUUUCACUUACGCUCUUGUAUAUGAAGACAGACACAAUACAAAACUUGUAAACAACUUGUUGGGCUUUUACUUACCUAUAUGUGGGUAGAAAUGUUUGGAAUCAUUGCAAUGUGUCAUUUUAAGAAAAGUUAAAUGCCAUGAGAUUUUGCAUUCUGGAAAACAUUGAUUACAAGAAACUUUAGUGCUCACCAUGCACAGAACACCUGUGUUAAGUGCUAGGGAACAUGCCAUGGAAUGCUCCUUCAUUCACAUUACCUCUGGGUGGAGAGAGGAAACACAUAGAAAAUGAUAGCUCCUUUGCCACCUAAUCAAGGGUAAAGUUGUUUCAAGUAUGUGUACUAAAUAUGAGAAAACAAGGAAUAAAGUUGUAUGUGGUCAUUGCUUUUAUCUUCACUUCUCUAAAUGGGCAUCCGUGAUGGUAGAGAGGACUUAGUUUGGACUUAAAGGGGUGUAUUGAGAUGGGUAAGGAAGACACGGCAUUCCAUUUCCUAAAGUAAGGUCUGCUGGGAAAGGCAAUGGAAUUAAAGUCCAGUGUGUGAACUUCCUCUGUGCACACCAAGCACUGUUUUAAGAGCUGUGAGUCUCCCGCCACCAUUUUAAAUCCAGCUCCAUACAGCGCUUCCUGGCACCGACCCUAACUGCGCACCAGCACCCCCAGCCAGGAACUUGGCCACCAUGGAGAUCAACACGAGCAAGAAUCAGCGGGAUGACUGGAGACUUGAGCGGGGAUACAAGCAAGAAGGAUCUGACUGAUACUUAUCUCGAUGUGGGGAAGUUGUAGACUGCACAAUUAAAACAGAUCCAGUCACCGGAAGGUCAAGGGGAUUUGGAUUUGCGCACUAACGCUGCUAGUGUGGAUGAGGUUUUGGAACGGAAAGAACACAAACUGGAUGGCAAAUUGAUAGACCCCAAAGGGCCAAAGCUUUCAAAGGGAAGGAGCUCCCAAAAAGGUUUGGGGUGGAUUGAGCCCAGAUACUUCUGAAGAACAGAGUAUUUUGGAGCCUUUGGAGGGGUUGAAAAUAUUGAACUUCGCUGUGGAUGCAAAAACAAAUGAAGAGGUUUUUGUUUUAUCACAUACUCAGAUGAGAACCAGUGAGGAAAUUAUUAGACAGCAGCCAUCAUCCGUUCGGUUCUGGGAAGUAUGAAAUCAAAGUGCCCAACCAAAAAAAGUAUAUAGGCAGCAAUAAUAACAAAGAGGAGGAAGAGAACCUGCAGCUGGUGGGCCAGGUGGUACUAGGGGUCUGGGCUGAGCCCAAUAGAGCACUUCAGGCAAGGCCUCUGGAGGGGGUGGCAAUCGCCACAGCAAUUUCCAGCCAUACUAAAGGAGGACAUCGGGGAAAGCUGAAGGAGAUUGCUGAAGUAACCCGUCCUCAGGACAGCAUUGAAGAUUGGUCUUCCGUUGCUCUAAGGUAAUUAUUUUAUUAAAGACUUUCUAGUAUACAAGACAACUGUGUCCAACUGUAUAUAGCCAACAAUUAGUUUUCUUUGUUUUUACUUUGUCUUUUGCUAUCUGUGUUAGGAUUCAAUAUGGACUUGUGUUUAUACAAGUUUUAUUUGUAGGUUUCAUGUUAAACUUCAAAUAAAUGCUUCCUUAUGUGA